AGGACUAUGCUUUUGAUUCAUAAUAUAAGCUCACAUCCCACCCACAGUUAUAUUUCAACCAAACGCAUUUUGGGUUUCUCACCGUUUGUGGAAAGCUAGCUCGAGAUUAUGAAGAUAAACUCGUCGUGUCUCUCUUCAGCAGCUCUUAAUCGAUCUGUUCCAUGAUUUCUUGAGAAACAUGGAGAUGGUAAAUGCGAACCCAUCAACAUCACAAUCGCUGGCUUCUGAUCAAUUUGCAAGCACACUUUCUCUUGAGUUAACAACAUUAUCACCACAAGCACAUGUGAUUCAGAUUGCUUCUCCUCAACUUCGACAUCCUUAUUGUCACAUGUUGCAAGAUAAAAAGGAAUACUUAGAGAAGUGCAUACCCCUUUAUAAGCUAGCCCUGAGAGGUGACUGGAAUGCAGCCAAGAAAAUGAUUGAUGCAGACAAUAGGCUAUUAAACGCUGCAAUAACAAAGGAAUGGGGUACACUACUUCAUGUUGUGGCAGGAACAAAGCAUGUUCACUUUGUUGAUAAGCUGCUUAAAUUACUAAACCCAAAUGACUUGGAAUUGCGAAAUUUCAAUGGAAACACAGCGUUCUGCUAUGCUGUUGCAUCUGGAAACCUGCAAAUUGCAGCUAUUAUGAUGAAGAAAAAUCCAUGCCUAGCAAAAAUAAGGGGUGGAGAAGAAGCCACUCCUCUUUACAUGGCUGUCUUACAGAGAAAAGGUGACAUGGCAAGGCAUCUCUACCCACUGAGUAGAGACAUUUUGGGAGAAGAUGACUGGACUACACUGUUCUUCCUUUGCAUCAAGAAUGAUUUGUAUGAUCUUGCUUUGCAAAUGUUACGAGAACAGUCAAUGCUAGCAUUGGCCCGGGAUGAGUAUGAUGAGACAGGCUUGCAUAUCUUGGCUCGAAAGCCUUGUGAUUUAAGUUCUCCAGGUCAAUGGUAUCUUCAAAGCAAGAUCAUGAACUCUAGCUUGGACCCAACUCCAUUCGUUCAACUUGUUGGGUGUCUUUGGAGCAUGCUUCUCGAUCAAGAUUUCGAUGAAAUGGAGAUGAGGACGUUCAUAAGUCGACCAACACAAAUAACAUUUGAUGCUACAGAAGUUGGAAAUUUUCACUUUGUAGCUACGCUUAUGAGGUCUUACCCUGAUUUAUUGUGGGAAGUGGAUGCCAAAAAUCGAAGCAUAAUGCACAUGGCUGUUGUACAUCGCCAUUCAACCAUCUUCAGCCUAAUACAUGAACUAGGCUCCUUCAAAGAUUUCAUAGCAACUUUUGAGGACGACCAAGGAAACAACAUAUUGCAUUAUGCUGCUAAAUUGACACCUUCUAAUAAGCUUAGGUUCAUUUCUGGUGCAGCUCUUCAAAUGACACAUGAAUUACUAUGGUUUGAGGAGGUGAAGAAAAUAAUGCUUCUACAAGAUACAGAGAAGAAAAAUGCUGAAGGCAAAACUCCUAGUGAAAUAUUUGCUGAGGAGCACAAAGAGUUAUUGACAAAGGCAGAGUCAUGGACCAAGAGCACAGCAAAUAAUUGCAUGCUUGUUUCUACACUCAUAACCGCAGGAGUGUUCACAGCCACAUUUAUAAUACCUGGAGGCAACAAUAAAAGUUCAGGAACUCCAAACUAUUUCCAGAAAGCAGCAUUUCAUGUUUUUGCAGUAUCAGUUGCAUGUGCACUGAUAUCAGCAGUGGCCUCCAUUCUAAUGUUCUUGUCAAUCCUCAUUUCAAGUUAUGCUCAAGAUGAUUGCUUCAAGACUCUCCCUUUCAAGUUGCUAUUUGGAAUGGUGGCACAAAUCAUCUCCAUCACUAGCAUGAUGGUAGCAUUUAGUGCUGCUUUUUACACAACGUAUUCCAUUGGUUUAACGUGGGUUCCAAUUUUUAUUUCUGUGCUUUCAUUUCCUCCUAUACCCUUGUUCACAUUUCUUAUAUUUCCACUUUGGUCAGAUAUUUUCCACUCAUCUUACUUUUGUAUGUAUCUAUUUAGGCCAAGAAAAUAAAUGGUUAAGGUCAUCUCCAUUCCAGAGCAA